CUAAUUUACGUCAAUAAUCAUGAAAUAUUUAAUGAUUGUAUCACUUAUACUAUGGGCAACAAAUUUGUCCGAGUCUACACCUACCGGUGCAUGCAAUGGCACUUAUACGAUGGACGAGAUUGAAAAUGAAUUGAAAGUCGUGAAAAUAGAUGUGAAUAAUGAACUGGCUAAAUUAGACAGGGAGGGUCGCACUGCCGAGGGCUUGGAGUUAAUAGCAUAUAUGGAAAGUAUUAACGGACUGAUUGAGGCAAUUGAAAUGAGCAAGCCCACACCCCUACCCGAUACACAAAACAUGACGUGUCGAGUUGAGCAUGGUGUUGCCGCUGAGAUUGCACGCUUAGAGGGA